AUGGGCCGAGGACGAGUAGCUGUGGACAGCGACACCCAGAACUGGACGUUCAGCCAGUGUUUUGGCGAUAAAAGUGAUAUUGACAGUAUUACGGAAAGCGAUGUUAUUAGUGCCGCCGAGUUUGAUCAUUCAGGCGACUACCUAGCCACGGGUGACCGCGGUGGGCGAGUAGUCCUGUUUGAGCGACAGGAUGGUGGCAAGAUGGCGAACUCAGAGUACCGGUUUUUGACUGAAUUCCAAAGCCAUGACCGAGAGUUCGACUACCUCAAGAGUCUUGAGAUUGAGGAGAAAAUCAACCAGAUCAAGUGGCUGAGACGGCAGAAUAAUGCCCUGUUUCUUCUAUCCACAAACGACAAAACCAUAAAGCUAUGGAAGGUGUUUCAGAAGAAUUUGCGGGUGGUGGCGGAAAACAACGGCACUGACAUCCUGCCUCCGGAGACCUUUCUAGAUAUGAAGCAGCUGCACCUGCCACGCAUGAAUUUACACGACACGAUCAUUGCCACGACCCCCCGUCGCAUCUAUGCCAAUGCGCACACUUAUCACAUUAACUCGAUCAGUCCUAAUAGCGACAACGAAACGUUCUUGUCAAGUGACGAUCUGCGGAUUAAUUUAUGGAAUCUGGAAGUUGCAAACCAAAGCUUCAACAUUGUGGAUACCCGGCCGGCCAGUAUGGAGGAGCUGACCGAGGUCAUCACGGCCACUGAAUGCCACCCUACAAGUUGCAACUUGUUCAUGUAUUCAACCUGCAAGGGCAAUGUCCGACUGGCAGACAUGCGAGAAAGAGCACUGUGUGACAACUAUGCCAAAGUAUUUGAAGAUACUUGGGACCCACUGCAGGACUCGUUCUUCACUGAAAUCACCUCGUCAAUCUCGGAUAUCAAAUUCUCCCCCGAUGGACGGUAUAUUAUUGCUAGAGAUUUCAUGACAGUGAAGAUUUGGGAUAUCAAUAUGGACCACCAACCGGUCAAAACAAUUCGAGUUCAUGAAAACAUUCGCAACAUGCUCUGUGCGACCUAUGAAUCAGACUCGAUCUUUGACAAGUUCGAAGUGGUGUGUUCGGGUGAUUCCAAGUCGAUCAUGACGGGAUCCUAUUCCAACAACUUCCAGAUUUACAACAAUGCUCUGUUACCAGACCACGAGGAGACUGUCGUGUCACUACAGGCAGAUAAGAAUGUGUUCCGGAGCAAGCGAAGCGGGUCACCCAAAUCCAAGGGCCGGUCGCGUGUGAAUAUGAUGCGACGUCCCCGCAAGCAGGUUGAUUUCCGCAAGAACAUUCUGCAUUUGAGCUGGCACCCUUACGAGAACACCGUCGCCAUUGCCGCGACCAACAACCUCUUCGUGUUCAAUGCACCCUCCUGA